AUGCUUUAUUACGUGAUCAUCUUGCUAAAUCAAAUCUACUGUGACGGUCCGAUUUUGAAAGCAGUUCAGGAUGCACAUUUAUAUCCUGAUUCGAAGCAUUUUGUUGAUAUGCCUUUAAAAUAUGAUCCAGUGACAACUCUCAGAGAUUUCAAUGAUAUCGGUGAAAACUGUAAAAACAAAACGCUGUUGCAAAAAUUCGUAAACGAACAUUUUGAUCCUCCUGGAUUUGAACUAAUCGAGUGGUACCCGGAGGACUGGGUAGCCUUCCCAUCAAGUUUUCUCAAAAUUGAGAAUUAUCACUGGAGAAGAUGGGCAUUACAUUUGCACAGAAUGUGGAGGGACCUUUGUAGAAGGGUGAAAGAAGAUGUUAAACAGCACCAGGAACUCUAUUCUUUGCUUUACGUACCUCAUCCUUUCAUUAUACCAGGUGGUCGUUUCCGUGAAUUUUACUAUUGGGAUUCUUUCUGGAUAGUGAAAGGUUUGCUAUUUUCGGAAAUGUAUGAAACAGCAAAAGGAAUUGUUCGCAAUUUAGCUUAUAUGGUUGAUAACCAUGGUUUCGUACCGAAUGGUGGUCGUGUAUAUUAUCUGGUCAGAUCCCAACCACCAUUACUUACUCCAAUGGUUUAUGAAUGUUAUUUAGCCACGGGUGAUUUGGAUUUUGUUCAAGAGAUUCUUCCAAUGCUUGAGAAGGAGUAUAAUUUUUGGAUGUUGCAACGUGCCCAAUCAUUCCACGAUGAAGAACGUGGUGUAAAUAUUUCAUUUUUCCAAUAUCGUGUAAGUAUGAAAACACCACGCCCUGAAUCUUACAGGGAAGAUUUGGAGUUAGCGAAACAUCUUCCUUCGAUGGCCGAAAGAGAAUCAAUGUGGUCGAACAUAGCAUCAGCAGCUGAAACAGGUUGGGAUUUCAGUACCCGUUGGUUUGCACAAAGUGGUCCAGAAAUGCACGAUAUGAAAUCAAUUCGUACUUGGUCUAUUGUACCCGUUGAUUUGAAUGCUUUUAUUUGCAUCAAUGCCAGAAUUAUGGCUUCGUUUUAUGAAAUUACUGGUAAUUUCCCGAAAAUGUUACUCUAUCAAUCGCGCUACGAAAACGCGAAAUUAUUGAUGAAACUUAUCCAUUGGAAUGAAACUGAUGGGAUUUGGUAUGAUUACGAUCUGGAGAAAAAGGUUCACUCCAACAUAUAUUAUAUUUCGAACGCUCUACCCUUGUAUGCAAAGUGUUACGAUGAUGAGGAUGAAAUUAUUCCACAUAGAGCUUAUGAAUACUUGAAGAGAGAAGGUGUAUUGAACUUCACCAAAGGGUUGCCUACUUCUUUGGCCAUGAAAAGUGAACAGCAGUGGGAUAAAGAUAAUGCGUGGCCGCCAAUGGUACAUAUGGUCAUCGAAGGUUUUCGUACCACCGGUGAUCCUGUACUAAUGAAGGCAGCUGAAGCUAUGGCAAGACAAUGGUUAAGUGUAACAUACAAAUCUUUUAUACGUACUCAUUCAAUGUUCGAAAAGUAUAACGUCUCGGCGAUUUCUGAAGAAUGUAGUGCUGGUUCCGGUGGAGAAUACGAAGUGCAGACUGGAUUUGGUUGGACAAAUGGUGUCAUACUGGAUUUAUUGGACAAAUACGGACAAAAGAUGACUUCAGCAUCAUCUUCCCGGACACGUCAUUUGUUUUUAACUGUUUUUUUCUUCAUUCUAUUAGUAUUUCUAACUAAUUAA